GGUGAUAUGAUAACGAAGGCAGACUGCGCGCGAUUGCGAGGCUGCGGCUAGCGAGAGAAAACGUAUCGUGACGUCUCGGCCGGGCGGUGCAGUGAUCGGCUCGCUCUUGCUCUUGUGGAAAGCUGACGGGUGGCACUUUCCUUCGUCGCUCUUUCACCUGCCUACCUAGGUAGGCGUGACCAAGCUAUCGUGACCGCACUGCUCCACACACUUCCAACCUUGGAAGGUUCGUAAUCUCCGGCCAUUCCCCGAAUUUCACUGAGGCCAGUCUCUUCCUUCCCAUCAACCCUCAGACUGCGCUUUUGUCAACAAGACCCACCCUCUGGAUAUGAAGCCACUCUUCCUCCUUCGUGCGGCCGCACUUGUCAUCAGCCCCGUCGCCGCCAACAUCACCGAGCUCCCGGACGACCUACCGUGCGGCGUCGCUUUCUCCGUCCGCAACUCGACACGCAAUCUCCUCGCCGCUCUCCGAGACCCCACCAUUGACCCCGGUGCGCUCGGUGCCGCGGACGUCUUCGGCAGCAAUGCGGGACCCGGCCCGAAACCAUGGCUACGCGGCUCAAAUCUACUAGUCACGAUCCCGUACUGCUAUCGAGAGCCAUAUGAAAGGGCAUCGCUCGCGUGGCGUGUAGAGGAAGCCAUCAAGAUCUGGGAGAAUGCGCUCGGCGGCCAAGCCUCCAAGGAUACCGGCCAUGCCGUCGUGUUCAAGGAAACGACCGACCAGGGACGCCCGCUGUAUUGCUAUGACCUAGGUGCAAGCAACCGAUUCAAGUGGAAUGACGACAUUCCGUACGAGACAGUAUCUGUGGAAGCGGUUAGCAGCCCUGUCUUUAUCGCCUCGGCUACCAUCGGAUUCCUGUCUGACCCGCAACAGCCUGAACCGUGGGAGAUGUUCAUGAGGGUUGGACACUUUGCGUCGAGUGUCGACGUGGCGCAUGAGCUUGGCCAUGUGCUUGGAAUGGCACAUGAGCAUCAAAGGUUGGACCGCGACAAGUACGUCAAGUACAAUUGCUCCAACCUGCGCGACUACUACAGGAGGCUCCACGACGCUACGGCUAUGGAUCCUUCCAUAACACCCGAUAAACUCUGCAACGACUUCUACACGGCUUUGAGAUACGCCUUCACAGGCACGCAGUUCAUUCGCGGCACAAGUCCCGGCGCAUGGUCAAGGGGCUGGCCCGUUCAUUCUGCCAGUGAUGCCUACGACUACGACUCUAUCAUGCACUACGCAACGCAGGGGGCGUCAAGGAUCGGGUGUGCGGCUAACCAGCUAGAUAAGUGUGCGCUCACGAAGUACAAGAAUGGGCCUGGCAGACCGUGGGAGGUAAUGCCUAUUCCGAGGAAUACGGUGCCUUCCGGUGAAGACUUGUCGUGGGUCAGGAACGUAUACCCUUGGAAGGAGUAGGAGUGAGUAAGGUGUGGUUGAUGUGCGACUCACGGAGGAGUGGUACUCUCAGCUGGCCUAUGAGGAUAGGGGAUACAAGCAAGCAGUGCAGAUGUAUCCGG